UGACAUUUAAACAUAAACAAUUUUUGCUGCCUGCUUAGCCCAACCAAUAUUCCUAUAUUUUUAUUUCAAUAAAUUCCUUGGAAGUUAAAUGAACUUUGGUUUAGUUAUACUUCAAAAAAAACAAAAAAAAAAACUGCAAAUUGUUUAUCCAAAAGAAACUUCUAAAGCUGACCAGAUAAGUUUCUUGAUUUCUCUGUUGAUAAAUAUAGUGUUUUUUUUGUGUGUGUGUGUUUUGUCUUAAAUGGGGUUGUAAAAAGAGGAUUUUUAAGCUGACCCAGAUAAGUUAUAUUGAUUUCUAUGUUGAUAAAUAUGUUUUUUUUUUGGUUUGUGUUGUUUGUGGGGUUGAAAAGAGAGGAUUUUUAAGCUGACCCAAACAAGUUUCUUGAUUUCUCAGUUGAUAAAUAUGGGUUUUUGUGCUUUUAGAAAGCUUUUUAAAUGGUGGGGUUUUCUUAGACCAUUUUCUGUAAUGUUGAUUGUAGUUGUAAUGGUGGGUGUUUUACUAAUGGUACAAACAAAAAUGAAGAAUUUCAUUCAUAAAAAUGGAGUCUUUGUUCAGUUUGAUGUUCAAGAAAAAGUGGGAAUGAAGAAUCUUGAACCAGUGAAGGUGCAAAAUAGGUCUAACAAAGGUGAACUCUUGUCAACUAGUGUUAGCCCUUAUCAUGAUUGGGAUUUAUUUGCUGCUGAUUAUGAAGAAAUGAUGAAAACCCUUAAGAUAUUUGUGUAUCCUGAUGCUAUUAUGAGUAACAAGUUUUCGACUUUUUCGAGUAUUUUUCUUCCACAUACAAACCCCUUUGAUCCCAAAUUAGGUAAUUACUUUAGUGAACACAUGUUUAAGAUUGCUCUUUUGGGUAGUUCCUUUGUUACUAAGAAACCAGAAGAGGCUCAUUUUUACUUCAUGCCCUUUUCAAUUAACGUUAUGAGGAAUCACCCUCGCGUGCAUUCUGCCUCCGCGAUUGAAGAUUUUGUUGCUGGAUAUACUGAUAGAGUUAGUUCAGAGUUUAGUUUUUGGAAUGCAUCUGGUGGUGCUGAUCAUUUUUAUGUCUACUGUCAUUCUAUCGGUCGAGAUGCUGCCUCUAAGCACCAAAAAUUGCAUCAUAACUCAGUUCAGGUUACUUGCUCAUCCAGUUACUUUCAGAGGCUAUACAUUGCCCACAAAGACAUUGGGUUGCCUCAAGUUUGGCCUCGCCAACAUGAGCAAGUGUUGAACCCUCCAGAUGCAAGAUACAAGCUUGUCUUCUUUGCUGGUCGCGUCCAAAAUUCUCUUGCAAGACGAGAUUUAUUGGAGCUAUGGAAGAACGAUAGCUCCUUUGAUAUAUUCUCAGGGAGUUCAUCUUUCCCUUACAAGGAAGGAUUUCGGAGAAGUAGAUACUGCCUCCACGUCAAAGGUUACGAGGUGAAUACAGCUAGGGUUAGUGAUGCUAUUCAGCAUGGCUGUGUCCCUGUACUUAUUUCAAACUACUAUGAUCUUCCAUUAGCCAACAUACUAGAUUGGAGCAAGUUCUCAAUCAUUGUUAAUGAAAGAGAUGUUCCACACCUGAAGAAGAUAUUGCUCUCGGUGCCUAAACGAACAUACCUCAACAUGUACAAUAACCUAGGCAUCGUGAGAAGGCACUUCGCGUGGUAUAGUAGCCCCAAAAAAUACGAUUCCUUCCAUAUGACAGUUCACCAACUUUGGCUCAAAAGGGGACUACAUCGAGUCGACUGGUGAUAUCUACUGUUGUGAAGCCAGUAUCUGACUUCCUUAGAUGACAUCUAAGCUAAUGUGUGUGUUUUAUCAUCUUAUGAUUAAGCUAUGUGAUUUUGCUAGAUGUCAUCUAAGGUGAACUUAAAUGAAGCAACAGGAUAAAUGAGGAUUCAUAUUAUCGACCUUCUCAGCUUACUAUGUUAGAUUUAGCUGUAAGUAUUGUUGUCUCUCAUUACAAUCUACCAUAGUAGAAAGAUGGGUAUUCUCAUGGCAAUGGUGUUUGUAAUUUUUUUAUACAUUUAUUUAAUGUGCAUGUGACUUGCUGCUUUACUUAUACUUCUUAUUCAA